CUUUGGGGAGUUUACUUUGUUUGUAUGCGUCUGUGUGAGACAAAAAAGAAAGUAGCGAUGCAGCGUGACAAGAGGGCGAAAAGUGGCCUGACAUUAUAGUCGAGGAGAGGAGCUCCUUUCAUGGCAACCACAAGGAUAGACGUGGGGCUCUCGUGGCUGAUUUUGUGUCUCUGUGGUCGGCUGUGGACGAGCCGGACUCCCGCUGCCGGAGUGUCGGCGAUGGACGAAGUCCCACUGCCCUACAUGGACGUCCUGCUGCCCUACACGGAUGGCCACGGCCCUCGCCACUCGCACCGCCACGUUCGGGACUGUCAGCCCCACGUGCACGGCAAUCACACGCACGAGAGCUUUCCCGCUAGCAAUCAAAGCAGUCUGCCGGUGGCUGAGGUCAGGCUGGCCAUAUACAAGUUGCCCGGACGUGUCGUGACAGGUCACUUCACGGUGGUCCACGACCCGCUGAGGACCCUGUCAGUGCUGGAGCCCGGCCGCCCAGGAGGCUGCGGUAGUUACCGCUUGGCCACAGUGGAGGAGACAUCCCAGGCUGCCGGCUGUCUGUAUGCCCAGAACGCUGGCUUCUUCAACACCCAUACUGGCCAGUGUCUGGGCAACGUGGUGAGCGACGGCAGAAUGGUGCAGGACAGUGGUGGCAUGCAGAAUGCCCAGUUUGGCAUCAGGAGAGAUGGAACCCUGGUAUUCGGGUAUCUGUCUCAGGAGGAAGUUUUGGACCAGUCCAACCCCUUUGUUCAGUUGGUCAGCGGAGUGGUGUGGCUGCUAAGAAAUGGCGAGGUGUACAUCAAGUCCAGUAUGACAGCAGAGUGCGACAAGAUGCAGGAGACCGGGUCAUUCCACCAUUUCGCUGAGGUCAUGUCGGCCAGGACGGCGUUGGGUCACGAUGCCAACGGGCGGGUGAUCUUGCUCCAGGUGGACGGACAGACGGGAGAAAGGGGAAUGAGCCUAUUUGAGAUGGCCAUCUUCCUGAAGAAAAAUGGAGUCAUCAACGCCAUCAAUCUGGACGGUGGCGGGUCUUCCACAUUUGUGUCCAGUGGCUCCUUGGCCAACUACCCUUCUGACGAAUGCAAAGCAGACAAAAGGUGGCACUGCGCUCGGGCAGUCUCCACCAUCCUGUGCGUCCAUCCGCAGCCUUGCCAUCCGUCGGACUGCGGCGCCCACGGAGUCUGUGCCGCCAGUGGUUGUUUCUGUGAUGCCGGAUGGAGAGACAAGAACUGUAGUCAAGAGUGCCUGCCGGGUUUCUAUGGCGAAGGUUGCAAUCAGACGUGCUCCUGCAUGAACAGCGACUCAUGCCAUCACGUCCACGGAGGCUGCAGCUGCACUCUGGGGUUCACUGGAAAAUCCUGUGAAGAAUGUCUGCCUGGUUACUAUGGCAACGGAUGCAAUCAGACGUGCUCCUGCAUGAACGGUGGCUUGUGCCAUCACAUCCACAAUAACUGUAGCUGCACUCCGGGUUACACUGGAAAAACCUGUGAAGAAGAGUGCCUGCCUGGUUUCUACGGCGACGGCUGCAAUCAAACGUGCUCCUGCAUGAACGGUGGCUCGUGCCAUCACAUCCACGGAGGCUGCAUGUGCUCUCCGGGCUUCACUGGAAAAACCUGCGAAGAAGAGUAAAAUGGCAGGAUCAAGUCCUUGACACAGAUACUUGAGCAGACCAGCAUGCCCAGUGUCUUCACCAUGUUUCGUCAGGCUCAACUCCGCUAGGAGGGGCAUGUCACAAGGAUGUCAGCUGAGUUACCAAGUGUGUCCUGUAUGUUGAACUGCUGGCCGGUGCAAACUCCCACAGUGGCCAGAAGAGGCGUUUCAAGGACACCUUGAAAUCUUUUCUGAAGGACUUUGGCAUUUGACCACAACUCAUAGGAGACCCUGGCCCAGGAGUGCCCAAUAUGGCAAGGGUCCAUCAGGAAAGGAACAGCAAUGCAUGAGCCACAGUGCAUCACAACUACCAACACAACUCUCGUGUCAUCGGAAAUCCGACUUCACAAGCUGACACUGGAUUGCCUUGCUGCCAUAGAACCUUCAAGGCACCGAUGGGCCUUAUCAUUCAUCUCCGCAUUUACCCCACCCCACAGAUGGAUGACGUAUGUAGGUGGUCGUCUUCCCUUUGACAGAUGUCGAUGAUGUGUGAGGUGGUGAUCUUCCUCAGAACCACAGACAGACCGAACUCCAGUCCAACGUCGUCAUAUUGUUUAGUUUACCUGCUUGGGUUUUGCAUCACAUAAUGUAGUUGACAAUUGUAUAUAGCAUUCCCUAAAAAGAGGAUUAAUGUAUAUAACUGCAUAUUGUAUUUCUGAUGUCAGAGUGUGUGCCGGGUUUCUAUUAGGAUGGCUGCAAUCAGGUGUGCUCCUGCAUGAACGGCGGCUCGUGCCGUCACGUUCAUGGAGGCUGCAGAUGCACUCUGGGGUUCAUUGGAAAAACCUGUGAAGAAGGUACAAGAACUUUGUCAACAUUGAAGAAAGAAAGCGCCAACUCUUGUGGUUUUGGUUUAGCUGGUUACGGUUUUACAUUACAUGAUGCAAUUGACAGACUUGAACAUGCUAGUGAGCAGAGCUAAGAGGAGGAGCUGACACAAUUUGAUAUAGACAUCACAAAAAAGAGGAUUCAUGUACAAAAUUGUAUAUCGUGUUUCUGA